AUGUGGUGGCUCAGUGCUUGGUGGUUCCCUGUCGUCUCGGCGGGCAUGUGGCUCGGGAUGCUGCUGGCCAUGUUCUGCACCUGGGAAGCCGAAGGACAUCCUCACCUACCGUCCAUGGACCCCAAUCAGCAUAUUGCCUACAUAUCUGACAUAGGAGCCUUUGGAUUGAAACCGCUCUUCAUCACCGGCUGUGUCAUCACCACCGUGUUCCUCGACUUGGCGUUUAUGUCGGAGCGGUGGCUUCGCCACUAUGGUCGGCUGGCACCCAACACCUCCCGCGUCCAAUCCGCCCUGUCGAGUUGCGCCAUCUUCUUCGCCAUUGCAGGCACCCUCGGUCUGAUCCUCCUGUCAAUCUUCGACACCUACCAUCACGACAGAGUCCAUGACGGAUGCUUGCUCCUCUUCAUUGCUGGAUAUAUCAUCUCGGCCAUCUUCCUGUGCGCCGAAUAUCAGCGACUCGGCAUCCACUACCGUCAGCACCGCGUCCUGCGCAUUUCCUUUUGGAUCAAGCUUGCCUUUAUCAUUCUCGAAGUCAUCCUUGCCAUCGUCUACGCCUCGACUGCGUGGAACGAUCGUCAAAAUGUGGCCGCUGUGUUUGAAUGGAUCAUCGCCCUCAUCUUCACCUUCUACGUUCUCUCGUUCCUGCUCGAUCUCUGGCCUUCGGUUCGGUCGAAGCGCCACGUUCCUCAAGGUUGGAGAGAACGGGAAGCACAGCUCGAGAAAGAAGCUGGCAGGCACGGAGGUCUCCCUCCUCUUGACCAAGGCCCGGCGCCAAUCACCUCAGAUCAAAAUGCAGCCACGUAUCAGAACGAUGAUACGCCUUAUAACCCUACCACCCAAGGGUAUCGUGGAACCACGAUGACCGGUGGUCAAGGUUCCCACAUCCAGUCCGCUCUCUCCAAAUAUCCCCUAGAACACAAGGAUCGUGGACGACAGAAAAGAUGGGGUAUUGGACGGUUCAGAUUCUGA